AUGGCCGUCUCUUCUUUUAGAACCUGGAGCCUGGAGACUCUGAACAAUUCCUGGCCUGACUCAUCAGCUCACCUGGAGGAGCAGUGGCCCCAGUCCUUCCUGGGCCUGAAGGCUGAGCACGCCAUGGCCGGGGUCCUGGGAGACUCCAAAGAGCUGCCAACACCAGCCCCCUCCCCAUCAGGAAGAGAUGUCAUUCCACAUGAAGUCAUUGUGAACAAGCGAAACAUAGAAGACUUCUGUCUCUGCUGUGGCAGUAGGCAGGUGUACACGCAACACCCCUUGUUUGAGGGGGGACUGUGCAUCCCCUGCAAGGACCGGUUCCUGGGGUCUCUCUUCCUGUACGACGAUGACGGCUACCAGCGCUACUGCACCGUCUGCUGCUCCGGGGACACGCUGCUCAUCUGCGAGGACAUCGACUGCACCAGGUGCUAUUGCUUUGAGUGUAUGGAUAUCCUGGUGGGCCCCGGGACCUCGGAGAGAAUCCACGCUAUGGAUUACUGGGCCUGCUUCCUGUGCCUGCCCUUCGCCCGCAACGGGCUGCUGCUGAGACGGAGGAAGUGGCGCCAGCAGCUGAAGGACUUCCAGCUGAAGGAGAAACCAGGAUCUCUGGAAGUCUUCAAAACAGUGCCUGCAUGGAAGAGAGAGCCAAUACGGGUGCUUUCCCUUUUUGGGGAUAUUAGGAAAGAGCUAACGAGCUUGGGCUUUUUGGAAAGUGGUUCCGGAUCCGAGGAAGGAAAACUGAAGUACCUGGAUGAUGUCACAGAUGUCGUGCGGAGAGACGUGGGCAAAUGGGGCCCUUUCGACCUCAUGUAUGGCUCCACACAGCCCCGAAGCCACUCCUGCCACAAUUGCCCUGCGUGGUACAUGUACCAGUUCCACCGCAUCCUGCAGUACGCACAGCCAAACUCGAAGAGCCAGCAGCCUUUCUUCUGGAUGUUUGCAGACAACCUACUGCUGAGCGACGAGGACGUGCGCACAGCGAACCGCUUCUUCGAGAUGCAGUUUGUGAUCCUGCAGGAUGUCUGUGACAGAGUCCCUCAGAACGCCGUGCGAGUGUGGAGCAACAUCCCAGCACUGAGGAGCCGACACAUGGCCCUGACACCUGAGGAGGAAGAGUCCCUGAAGGCCCAAGUCAAGGCGAAGGCCAAGCUGGCUGUGCAGGGCCCGCCCUCACUGGUGAAGAACUGCUUCCUCCCACUAAGAGAGUAUUUCAAGUACUUUUCUGAGAACUCGCUUCCUCCUUACCCAUGA